UCUAAAAUGAAAGUUAUUGAAACGCACAGUUUUGCAUUCUCUCUUCUAUGCUUCUCUUCUCCGAGUGCCUUCUCUCCAUUCUCUUUUCUUCAGGCGGUUGAUUCUCGUUCUCUCUUCCAUUCUCUUCUCUAUUUCUCUCUCAUUGCCAUUAUCUCUAUUUUUUUGUUCUUUUGGAGAGAGACAGAGUCCCGAUUCAUAGGCAUGUAGAGGCCAAAGAACCAACGGUCAAGAUCUGCCAAACCAACCACUAUUCAUGGCUGUGCUCAGUCCGGUGACCUUCUUGGAUUUCAAUGGCUACUCUGAGACAACCCGUCUCUUAUCAACCCAUGGCACAGAUGCCACUUCACGUUUCUGCUGGUUAUAACAAGGCUAAGAUAGUCAAAUUUCUUCUUGAUCGACAAAGGGCAGAUCAUAAGGUUGAGUUGGAAGCCAAGAACAUGUAUGGAGAAACUCCUUUGCACAUGGCAACAAAGAAUGGAUGCAAUGAUGUUGCACAGUUGCUUUGGUCAUGGUGCCAUUAUUGAAGCCAAAGCAAAUUUGCUUUUUCUUAUUACCUUAUGAUCCAUUUUUGAAAAGUUCAAAUUAAAAGUGGGAUUUAGAUUUCUGAUGGUAAACUCAAUUUUGUGCUGUCUUAUUAAUGCAGAAUGGAAUUACACUAUUAAAUCUUGCUGUUUGGUACUCACUUCGAGCUGAAGAUUGCUCGACUGCCAAUACAUUGCUCGAGUACAAUGUUGACUAUAGGGCUAAGGAUAAUGUACAGUGGAUUGCAAUUGUUUGAGGGGGAUUUCCCGAUGGUUAAAAGAACACCAAAAAGACCGGAAACUUUACUUUCUUUUUUAUCCCGGUAACUUUCCAGGCAACC